CGAGGCCAACCAAUGAAAAGGGUGCGCGCUGUCACGUGACGCCCGGCCCCGCCUCCGCCGGUGUGUCGCGGCCCCGGGAGGGUCGGAGGCGGCUGUCGGGGCGCGCGCGCGCGGCCCCGGAGCUCCACGCCGCCGGAGGCAUGAGGCUGCCGCGGCGAGCGUGGCGGCGGCGCGCGGCGCUGCUGGGGCUGGGCGCGCUGGCGCUGUGCGGGGCGGCGCUGCUGUACCUGGCGCGCUGCGGCCCCGAGGGCGCGCGGGCGGCGGCGAGGCAUGGCCCCGCGCCCGCCGCGCCCGCCGCGCCCGCCGCGCCCGCCGCGCCCGCCGCGCCCGCCGCGCCCGCCGGCCCCCGAGCCGCCGCCUUCCUGGCCGUGCUGGUGGCCAGCGCGCCCCGCGCCCUCGAGCGCCGCAGCGCGGUGCGCAGCACGUGGCUGGCGGCGCGGCGCGGCGGCCCUGGAGACGUGUGGGCGCGCUUCGUGGUGGGCACGCGCGGCCUGGGCGCCGAGGAGCUGCGCGCACUGGAGCGCGAGCAGGCGCGGCACGGGGACCUGCUUCUGCUGCCCGCGCUGCGCGACGCCUACGACACCCUGGCCGCCAAGGUGCUGGCCAUGCUGGCCUGGCUGGACGAGCACGUGGCCUUCGAGUUCGUGCUCAAGGCGGACGACGACUCGUUCGCGCGCCUGGACGCCCUGCUGGCCGAGCUGCGCGGACGCGACCCCGCGCGCCGCCGCCGCCUCUACUGGGGCUUCUUCUCGGGGCGCGGGCGCGUCAAGGCGGGGGGCCGCUGGCGCGAGGCCGCCUGGCAGCUGUGCGACUACUACCUGCCCUACGCACUGGGCGGCGGCUACGUGCUCUCGGCCGACCUGGUGCACUACCUGCGCCUCAGCCGCGACUACCUGCGCACCUGGCACAGCGAGGACGUGUCUCUGGGCGCCUGGCUGGCGCCCGUGGACGUGCAGCGCGAGCACGACCCGCGCUUCGACACCGAGUACAAGUCGCGCGGCUGCAGCAACCAGUACCUGGUGACACACAAGCAGAGCGUGUCCGACAUGUUGGAGAAGCACCAGACACUGGCGCAUCUGGGCCGCCUGUGCCAACAAGAGGUGCAGCUGCGGCUCUCCUACGUCUACAAUUGGUCCGCACCACCCUCGCAGUGCUGCCAGCGCCGGGAGGGCAUCCCCUAGCGGGGCGGCCC